GCUCUGCCGAGUUGCAGAAGGGAAGAUGGCGGGCACCAGCUCGGUUGCUGGAGAGGUGUUUGUGGACGCUUUGCCUUAUUUUGAUCAGGGAUAUGACGCUGCUGGCGUGCGAGAGGCGGCGGCCGCACUCGUGGAAGAGGAGACGCGGCGAUACAGACCCACGAAGAAUUACCUCAGUUACCUGCCCACGCCUGACUUCUCUACCUUCGAGACAGAAAUCAUGCGCAAUGAGUUUGAGAGGCUAGCGGCCAGGCAGCCUAUGGAACUCCUGGGCAUGAAGAGGUAUGAAUUGCCGGCCCCCUCGUCGGGACAGAAGAAUGACAUCACGGCGUGGCAGGACUGCGUGAACAACUCGAUGGCACAGCUUGAGCACCAGGCGGUGCGCAUUGAGAACCUGGAACUCAUGUCUCAGUACGGCAGCAACAGCUGGAAGCUGUACAACGAAAACCUGAUGCACAUGAUCGAGCUGUCGCAGAAGGAGCUACAGAGGGUCAGGAAGGAGAUUCAAGACCUGAACUGGCAGAGGAAAAAUGACCAGAUGAAAGGUGGAGCCAAACUACGAGAGCUGGAGUCCAACUGGGUGUCGCUGGUCAGCAAGAACUACGAGAUCGAGAGAGCCAUCGUGCAGCUGGAGAACGAGCUCUGCCAGCUGAACCAGCAGCACGGGGAUGAGAACAAGGAGAACAUCCGGCAGGACUUCUGAGCGGAGAGAGGGAGGGAGGGCACCUCAACACACGGGGCAAGCACCUUGCAUGUGCUGCUGGACCACACGCCUCCCCGCUCUGCUGAUAGGGCAGGAUUGUACACAGCGACAGCAUAGAGUUCAUUUGCACCUCGCAGCUUGUGUGUUAAUACCACAGCCCCCCAUAUCUUGGUGGGACUGAAGGCUUUAAUAAACAUGAUACAGUCUUGCAGAAGUGUGACUAACAUCCACCCCCGUGGCUUCAGGCACAGUCCCUCUUUUCUAGCAGUUUGACAGACCCUGAUCAGCACUGGUCUUCCCUCAGGUCAGUGGUAGAGGCGCUGGGAGGGGUCUGUUGGUUGUCAGCCUCCUAGUUCUAGCGGUAACACCCCAGCCUACAGUGGAACUAUCUUUUAGCGGCACUACAAGCUAAACGAUGAAUUUUAUAACCGUCCCCCCAAUCUCUGUCACUUUUAUGCUAUGAGUUAUCCUAGUGCCGUUGCUUUUUAUUAUAUAAGUUUUCUGAAUAUCCAGAAAAGAGAAAGUAUAGCACACCUGUAUCAUCACUGUAUGUUAGCUGCUUUUCUAGAAGGUCUUUAAAUAAAGUUUUUUUUUUUUUUAAGCUUCUUGUUUGUGUAACACAUUAUGAAGUGUGACAGGUCCUGUGUUUUUCCAGAUACAAUUUUUAUCUGUUGGUGAAAGAGUACAAUUACUUUGACUGCUGAGUAUGAAAUAAAACAGUGAAUUGUGUGCCCUGCAUAUGAAACCUACAAAUUUUCUGUAGCCUUGUACUUUAGCAUAGUGAUCGUUUUCCAAAAAGCCUAUGCUAACACUCAUCAUUUUAACAGAAUUAAAAAGCCUGCAUUUUUAUUUGAAAAAAAUAAUGAUUUGAAAGGAGGUUAUUCUAUUGGAUAGGGCUCUUGGAUUGUGCACCAAUGU